AGAGGAGGGAGGAGGAGAGAAAUUUGGAAAGAGAUAAAGCCAGGCAAUAGGGCGAUAAAAGCUGAUAAGGCUGCACCCGUUACAGUGAGGAGGAAGAGGAGAAGAGUGUGCGGCGCCGUAUCCUCUGUGAUUCUGCUGCUGCUUCGCUCUGACACCGGCUGACUGAUACCAACACAGAUGAUGUCGUCGGGGCACCUGACCCGUGGUUGGCUGCAGCAGCUGCUCGUCGUGCUCGUGAAGCUGUGUCUCACCUUUGCUGGGCCUUUGCGGCCGCUCAACGGGACGGAAUGCACAGCCAGGAGCCCGGCUUCCUACAUCCUGGUCUUUACAGGUCACUGGAGCCCGCAAGCCUUUCCAAAGCAGUAUCCCCUGUUCCGGCCCCCUGCGCAGUGGUCCAAGCUCAUAGCGGUCAGCCACAAUCACCAUUUCACGCUAUGGGAGGAGGGUGCCUUGGCCAGUCCAGGGGUGCAGAACUUUGCUGAAGUCGGGGUGACGGUGGAGCUCAUGAGGGCAUCCAAGGAGGCCAGAAAGACGCGCACAGUCGGCGCCAUGCACCGGACUGCUGGCAUUCCUGAUGGCAUCGGGCACAGCUCCACAGAGAUGCUCAUACAGCCCCGGACCUCACUGUUGUCCCUGAUGGUGAAGAUGAUUCCCAGCCCUGACUGGUUUGUGGGUGUGGAUAGUCUGAACCUUUGCGAGGGAGACCAGUGGAAACAGGAAGUGACCAUCGACCUCCAGCCUUAUGAUGCAGGGACGGACAGCGGAUUCACUUUCUCCUCGCCCAACUUCCCCACCAGCCCUCCAGAAAACAUUACAAAGAUCACGUCUCAGAUGCCGAACCACCCGGCCAACUCCUUCUACUAUCCACGCCUAAAAGACCUUCCACCUAUUGCCAGCGUCAGGAUCACCCGGCAGCACCGACCAUCUGACCGUCAAAGCUCAAUAUCUAAUCACAUCCUGCCAAACUCCAUCAGUCCUCAGCGCUUUUCAGCAACACCUCUGGACUGUGAAGUCUCUCUCUGGUCGUCCUGGGGUCUGUGCCUGGGUCCCUGCUCCAGAGGAGGUGUCCGCCACCGCACGCGUUACAUCCUCCUGCGGCCGGCCAACGCCGGCAGCCCCUGCCCUGAGUUGGAGGAACAGGCCGAAUGCGUACCGCACAGCUGCAUGAAGAAGCGCCAGUAACCCGGGGAGUGGAGGAGCAUAAACGCAGCACUUACACAGUUAUCACUGCUGGACUGAGAACAGGUCGUUGCAUCUUGAGCAUGUCUCUGGAAGUGCAGAGGAUUGUUUUGUCUUCGUUACAGCUACAGUUACCAGUCAAACGCUGUUAGUCUGGGUGUAUUUUUAUGGUGGUACUGGGAACCUGAGGCCUAUUAGACAGACUGUUUGAUGGGUAUCAGGGCUGUAGAAGACCAUAGCAGAAAUGUUUUGUAGUAUAACAUGAUUUUUAUCAACUUUGUAAAAGCCAAUUUAGGAUAUUGUGUAAAAUGUAAACAAAGAGGAUUCAGCUAUUUAAAAACCUCCUGAACUGUAUAUUUAAUUGAAAAAAAUAUAGAAAUAUCACAACACAUGUUGAAACAUUUUCACCAUUUUCACUUUUUUUCUGAGAAACUGAGGAAGGGAAAUCUGCAAACAUUGUGGAACAUCCCUUUCCUAAUUAUUUUAAAUGGCCACAGGCUAACAACAUGUUGGGUAAAAAGAAAAAAAAGAAAAAAAAAGAAAAAAGGUUACUGGUCUGUUGGGGGCUUUCAGGCAUCAGCGCAUUAAAACCAGGCAUCUGCACAGGCUGUGGUGAAGGAAUCAUUAACACUGAAUGAUAAAUAAAGGCUUUGAAGCAACAUGUCCUGCCAGGGAAGAUUUUCAGGGAAGAUUAUGCCUAUUUAAGCAAGACGAUGCCAAGCGACAUUCUUCCUGUAUUACAGCUGAAUGGCUGUGAACACCAAUAAAAAAAGCUUGGCUGUUAAACAGACCCGCUUGCAAUGCAGCCAGGUAAUUUAAAAACAAAUAAACUAAGAAGAACUGAACCCCUGGUACACAGUGAUGUCAAUCCUCAAGCUGUAGCCAUAUAUAUAUAUAUAUAUAUAUAUAUAUAUAUAUAUAUAUAUAUAUAUAUAUAUAUAUAUAUAUAUAUAUAUAUAUAUAUAUAUAUAUAUAUAUAAUGUAUGCAUAAUUUUCAUUCACACUGCAGAUUGAUAUUGGCACACAAGAGUCAUAUCUCAUACCUUUACAGCUACACACACAUGCACACCCACAAAUCGCCACGCUAAAGUCCUUGCACACUCUGAAUACCUUUACAGGCAUAGAGGCAUUAGUUUACAUAGACAACCUAUACAUACUUGGCUUGUGACAGCCUUUCAAAAUAACCUCACCCUUCAAUUUAUAAAUAUCCCUUUUGAUAGGAACCAAAUGAUAGGUGACUUGAAGUUUAAAGCCAAUAAAAAGUGAUAAAAAGCGGACAGCCUAUUGUAGAACAAGAUGCAGGUUUUUACAGGAUAACAGAUAAAAUAUGUGCGUUGGUACCUUUUUUUGAUAUGUCACUGUUGUGUUUUUGUACAUACUGUAUAAUGUAUCUUGUAUAACUCCUGAAUAAAUAUGGAGAUGUUUUUUUUCU